AUGAGCCCUAAAAAAAGCAGUAAAGCAGCAGAAGAAGAAGAAGCUGUUGAAGAAGUGGAAGAGGUUCUACCCUGGAUUCAAGAGAAGGCCUUGGACCUGGUGGAUUUCACCGGCUUUGUCACACAGGCCAUUCCUAGAUCCAGAGUUGGUCUUCCUCUCGCUUAUGCCGGUCUCACUUUUGUCAUCGCCGUUGUCAAGACCGUUAAAAAGUUCUCUUCCCCUCGAUAUAAACGCAAGAAACUGACAGGUUUUGGCAUGGAGGAGAUUUUGUGCAAGUACAUCCGUUAUAUUUUGAAUGAAAAGCCAUUCAACCCAAACAUGGUUUCCAAUUUAAUUCAGCUCAGGAAAGCUUCUUUGUUCAAUGAUUCUCAGGUGGCUGAAAUUCUAAAUGAAAUUUCAAGAAGAAUUGUGAGAAGACAUCGGCCAAAAACCGAUGAGAAUUAUGUAGAAUUAUGGCCCCAGACAUCGGCCAAAAACCGAUGA